CUAUAUCAAUGGGCAAACCAACGACCAACGUAAUCCUCCACGCCUAACGGCCAAUUGCCAAACACCCAACACACCGUUAGUUUUGACAUUUAGACGCUAGUCCGGUUGCAUUUCCUCCCUUAAAAUUCUCCGACUAGUAACUGAGACUUCGAUGGCUACGAAGACGACAAUGAUAACAUCGCCUUCUCUAAAAGUUCAUACGAGCUCUAAUUCUUUGGGUGCAAGAAGGUUUCAAAUCCCUUUUCGUUCCGCUUCACUUUCUUCCAACAAGAUUUUUUCUUCCGUGAUUCGUUUCCGAAAAUCAUCGGAACUAAAUCGAGCUUCGGUCAAAUCCUUGUCCAAUCCUCCCACGAUUUUAUCUGAAGACGUUGGUGAGGUGAUUGGAGAAAUCAGUAUACUUCGUCCUACGGGUGAAGCAGUAAAGUUUAAGCAGCUCUGGGAUCAAGAAGAGGGAGUAGCCGUUGUAGCACUUCUGAGGCAUUUUGGUUGCGUUUGCUGCUGGGAACUUGCAGCAGCACUCAGAGAUUCCAAAGGAAGAUUUGAUUCUGCGGCCGUGAAGCUGAUUGCUGUUGGUAUUGGGUCGCCAAGAAAUGCCCAGAUUUUUUCUGGAAGGUUGCCUUUCCCGUGGGAGUGUCUGUAUGCUGAUCCUGAUCGCAAGGCUUAUAAUGCUCUAGGCUUGUACUAUGGGAUCGGCCGCACAUUUUUCAACCCAGCCAGUGCUAAAAUAUUUUCUAGAUUCAAUGAAUUACGAGAAGCAAACAAAAACUACACUAUUGAAGUCACCCCAGAUGAUAAAAGCAGUGUUCUGCAACAGGGAGGAAUGUUUGUGUUUAAAGGGAAGCAACUGGUAUAUGCACGGAAGGAUGAAGGGACUGGUGAUCAUGCCCCUUUGGAUGAUGUUUUUAAGGUCUGCCACGAAGUUAGUUGAUUGUCCAGAUGGCCUUUUCGAGGUGAAGCACCAUUGAUUGUUGCCCCUGUCAUUGUGAAAACAAGGAAAUGUUUGUUGGAAAUUGCUUCUAAGAUCUUGUAUCUCGUUCAGUAUUGUUGCUCAAGUUUUUAUUUUCCUGAUUUUUAUGUUACUUAACAUUAGGAAAUAUUGACAUAACAGUUUGGAAUAUAAUUUCUCCCACAACUCCAACUUUCAGAACUAUACUUCAAGCAAAAUGCUGAAGAAAAUUUCUGACUUGAUUUGGUCAUUUGGCUUAACUUUUUUUUU